AUGGACGCAUUGACGCUCAACUAUUGGUUAUCCAAAUUUGUUCAAGAGGUGGCAAAGUGUUCCAAAGAUCCAUACCCUCCGAAAACGUUGUACCAGAUUGUCUGCAGCAUUCGCCGAUUCUUGGUGGAAAAGAACCCAGCCUUCGAGUUCAAUCUCUUUUCUGACUCUUCAGACAAAAGAUGCGUGAACUGGCGUUAUUGGAGAGGGGAGCCGUUUGAAGUUUUAAAACUUAAGGAAAUUGCAUCGAACUUUUCUCUUUUCCUCUUUAGAUUUGCUAUCUUUAGACGAAUAUUGGACGCAGAAAUGAAGGAUGGAACUCGAGUUGGCGUUGGUUUCAGUGAAACAAAAAGAAAAAGAGCCAGUCAGUUUGUAAUUUGA